AUGUACGCCAUAGCUCCGGCCCAGGGUGGAUGGAGUCUUCCCGAGGCAGGGCCGAAUGGGCUGUCCCAGCCACACCCUGGGAUUGGCUGUCCUGGGGGAAGGCCAGGAAGAUUAUUACUACCAGAAAGCUCAGGAGCCCCAGAAGCCCCAGAAGGUCUAGAAGGCCAAAUGUGCUGCUCUGCACCGCGGGUCACACUCGGGGGCGAUCCGGUUCGCUGCCUCACUUUGUGA